AUGAGCAGGUGCGGCGGCUUUAGGGGCGCGCGGCGGGCGCUCGCGGACAGGCCGGAUGGAGCAGCGCGCGGAGCGGCGGGAGUCCAGCCGGAGGCUCUUCAGCAGGUGAUGCGGCCCCAGCCCCGCACACAUGGAUCCCCGCUGCACACGGAGCCGGGCCGGGCUCUUCCGCCUCUUCACCUGGAGCUUCAUCCUCAUUUAUCAAGCCGCGGGAGCAGCAGGAUAAAGCAGCAGAAAUGGGACACCGCUUCCCAGGGAGGGCAGCCAAUCCCAGCCAACCAGAGCGCCGACCAGCCAAUCACAGCCAACAAGAGCACCAGCCAGCCAAUCAGGAAGCACCACGGCAUCAGCCAAUCAGUCACCAGGCAGCACAACAGGCAAACCUGCAUCCCCACCAGAAGCUCGGCCAAUCCCGACGGCGUCUGCCAGCCGAACAACAGCCAAUCGGUGACGACCACGGCCCGACCCCUCCCACCUCCAGCGGCCUCCCCCCCAACACAAGCCAGAGCAGGGCCCCCAAAAGAGCCGCAAACAGCCACAGGAGCAACCGGCCAAUCCCCAGUCCAGCCCGGAACUGAGGCGGAGCCUCUCAUCCAAUCACAGGCGGACACAGAAUGGCUCAGCCAAUCAGGCAGCUCCAGCAAAGAGAUCGAAGAGCCCCCGACGGCCCCCCAGACCACCGGCCAGGCCUCCCUCCCAGCAGCCAAUCCCCCAGCAGCCAAUCAGCAGCCCCCCCUCCAACCAGCCCCAGAGGCCCCCGGCCUGGCCCCCGGGCGCCCACUCAGUGGAGGCCUCUCCGCUAUCCAGCGGCCCCUGAACGCGUCCCAGCUCACCAGGCAGGCAAAGGAGUUCCUGAGGUCUCCCAGACGGAGGACAGGGGAGCCCUGUGAGUUGGCGUGUCUGAAUGGAGGACAGUGCUCUGGCUCGUCUUCAUGCGACUGCAGCUUGUAUCAGGCCACCGGACACAGAUGUCAGACAGUUCCAAAUCCGGGCUUUGAGAGGGAGAUGGCAUGCAGGACAUGGGGCCAGUACAACUUUGAGACCUUUGAUGGUCUCUACUACUACUUCCCCGGCCGGUGCACCUACACGCUGCUGAGGGACUGCGAGGACGCCGCCCAGGCCAGCAUCACUGUCCAGGUGAGCCUGGACAACCUCAGUCCGAUCGUCUGUAGGCCGGCCGGGAGCUUUCUGUUUUCACCGCUGGACUCUGCUGGGCUGGGAUUCCACAGAGCUCAGUCCCAGCCUGAGGAAAAGAUUUGCUCUGAAGAUUAG